CAACACAGUCUGCAUCAAGCAUUCUAGGGUCGACCUGUAACCACGAAAUUUCCAAUCGUUGACAAUCAUCCAUCAUCAUGGUCUACGCAACUCUUCCUAACGGCAUCAAAGUCUUCUAUCGAGAAGCUGGAUCCUCAUCUAAACCAACAUUCCUGCUCCUCCAUGGGUUCCCCACUACUUCGUUUCAGUUCCGCAAGAUCAUGCCUUUGUUGGCUGAGAAAUACCAUGUUGUUGCGCCAGAUCUACCAGGCUAUGGCUUCACUAAAAUCCCUGAUGAGCUCAGUUUCAAGUACACAUUUGCAAACAUUGCCGACACGAUCGAGUCAUUCCUUGAUGUUCUGCAAAUCAAAAAGUUCGCAGUUUAUAUCUUCGACUAUGGCGCUCCCACCGGCCUUCGAUUGGCCUUGAAACGCCCCGACGCGGUCUGGGCCAUUGUAGCCCAAAAUGGCAAUGCCUACGAAGAAGGCCUGAGGGAGUUUUGGGACCCUGUCAAGCAGUACUGGACUACUGCCAAUGGUUCCCCCGAACACAAGGAAUACCGGAGACUGAUCACCGAGGCUGUCCUCGGUCUGGAGCCCUUCCGCCAACAGUACAUCCAUGGAGAGCCUGAGCCUGACAAGAUCGAUGAUCCAGCGACUUAUCACUUGGAUUGGGCCUUGGUCAAUCGUCCGGGAAAUCUCGAAAUUCAACUUGACUUACUCAAGGACUAUGCAACCAAUGUCGACUUGUAUCCUCAGUUCCAACAGUAUUUCCGCGACAGUCAAGUCCCCUUCCUGGCCGUCUGGGGCAAGAAUGAUCUCAUUUUCCCAGAAGAGGGUGCACACUCGUACAAGAGAGAUCUGAAAAAGGCUAAGAUUGUCUUGUUGGAUGGCGGGCACUUCUUAGUCGAAAGCCAUACCGAGGAGGUGGCAAAAACGAUCCUUGACUUCUUUGCGGAAAAUGGGCUUUGAUGAGUUCACCCUCACGUACAUAGGGACAAGUUGGCACCCAUGGAUAGGACAUCUCAAAGUCUUGAAUGGCAAAAUUGCUGUUACUGCAAGGUACAGCUUGUGGAAGAAAGACAGGAAUGACAGUGAGCUGCAAGGUUAUGUAGAUGCUUCGUCAGCGUAACAUCAAUUACACUUCUAUCACAC